AUGAACUUAGCCCUCAAGCUCCAUGUCACAAAGGUUCACAAAUUUGCCACAGAGCAGAUAAUAAAAGUCUGCUCAGAUCAAGGGCUCUCUCGAUACGAUCCUCCUAGAAUUUUGAAAGUGCGCAGCAUUCGAUUCUCGUCUUUCUCCUCAGGAAUCAUGCAUCUCUUCAAGGCCGGCCUACCCGUCCUUGCUGUAUGUUCAGUCAUCCAAGCCAUCCCUGUCAACACUGGCGAAGGACGCGAUACGGCCUUACACCGCCACGAUGGUCUCAAAGCUUCAGACACACGUCAGGAAAACAGAAGUGCGGGCGGUUUCGUGCCUCCUCAUAUCCUCAGGAAUAUCACCCGCAGUCCUUUCGCCACAGACGAUGAGCGGCGCACUGCAAAUCGGACCUUGGUGAUUGAUGGGGAGCGAUGGGGGCCGCAGCAGCCGACAGAUUAA